AUGGAGGAGACCGGUUCCACAGAACAUGACCAAAUACCAAUCAUAGAAGAAAGCCUCAAUGAUUCCGACGCCUGGAGCGAUACUUCCGACGGCGACAUCUCAUUCAGGCCGAGAAUACCUCGAGGGUGGUGGCAAGGCCGACCGCCGCUGGAAAACGCUACUUUCUGCCAGAGGUGUCAGGAACUCGACUUUGGAAGCAAGUUGGAGCGCAUUGAAGUCCCAAAAAAAAGAAGUGGCAAGUCGGUCGUCGUCGAACUGCACCUCGACAUGACAAAGCUGGACCCGGGUUGUACGCUUUGCACACUUUUCCAGACGGAGACGAUCAACAAAACCUACGGAUCUAAUAUCUUCCUGUGUGAGCAGCUUGAUGGAUACAGGGAGAGCUGGAGCGUCUCGCGGUCGGUGAUGGGGUACAUCGGCAUCUCGCGACGCACGCCGCCGAGUGUGUUCACCAAGGGGACGUGGCCGCGCGACCCGAACGCUGUUGAUCUCAACCUCCUCGGCGCGAAGCUCCAUCACUGCAGAAGUUCCCACGGAGAAGCUUGCAUAGGGCGACCAAAGAUGCCCGUGAAAGGCUUGCGGCUGUUCAACUGCGAGACGCAAAUGCUGGACGAUGCCACUGCCGACGCCGAAUACGCGGCUCUGAGCUACGUUUGGGGUCAGCGGUGCAUAAACCCCGACACAGAGCUACCGCGAACCGUGCGCGAUGCGAUCCAUGUCACGCUCCAGCUUGGAUACAAGUACAUGUGGGUCGAUCAGCUGUGCAUCGAACAGGGCAGCGCGCACAUGGCGAGCCAGAUUCAGCAGAUGCACCAUAUCUACCGCAACGCCGAACUCACCAUCGUUGCGGCUGCGGGUGCCAACGCAGACUACGGCAUCCCCGGCAUCAACGGCAAGCCUCGUCCGAGCCGGAGACGGUUCAGGUUCGGAGACCUUCACGUUCUGGAGCUGGGGCCGGGCAUAGACGAAAUGCUGGAGCGCAGCGUCUGGAAUGAGAGAGGGUGGACACUGCAAGAGAUGGUGCUGUCUAGGAGACUGCUCGUAUUCACCGAGACUGAAGCUUGGUUUGAGUGCCCCCAAAUGUCCUCAAUGCAUGGUCGCGAAACCAAGGUUGCCCAAGGAAGCUGGAUAACCGAGGACUGCACCAAUUUUUGGCACAUAACGAACCGCCAAUACCCCUCCAACAUCUCGAGCAUGAUCGAAAAGUUCUGUGACCGGCAUUUGACGUAUCAAUCCGACGCCAUGAACGCAUUUGCGGGGAUCUUGAAAGCUUUCGAGCAGGUCGAACCGCCAAUAUACCACGUCUGCGGCUCGCCUAUCCUCCCUGCGCUGUGCCGCAACAGCGACUUCAACACUGUACCGCUCAACAGGAACUCUUCCGACGGCUUCUUAUGCGGACUGAUGUGGAGCCAUGACAUUGCGUGCCCGUUGAAGCGGAGGCUGGGAUUUCCGAGCUGGUCGUGGACAGGAUGGAUCGGGCCCCGUACGUUCGACUUCCACGAUCACGACCGAGACCACUGGCACACUGGCAUCUCGGUCGUAGUGGAACGGACGGACGGAGAGCCUCUGACCUGGUCUGAGUUCGAGCAUCUGUCGUACUUGAAGGACCAGCCCGCUUCAAUAUCGCCCUUCAUCCGACUCCGUGGCGCUUGGACUUUGACCGUGGAAUUGGAAUUCUAUCGCUCGAAGGUGUAUGAGGAUCGAUGGGGCCGCCUUACACCGUUGUUUGCCGUGCUGCACACGAAGAGUGGCGAGAAAGUCUUGGCUGAAGCACAGUUUCUUGAGCUGGUGGACCAUCAUGCCUUGGAGCGUCCCGAGGAAAGCGUCAUUCAGGACCAGACGAACCGGCUCUCGGAGAACGUCUAUAUUGGGAUAGUCUUGGAUGGCAUCAUGACUCCGGUGAGAGAUUGGCGUCACAGAACGUAUAUUAUGCUGGUCGAGGAGCGGAAUGGUUAUGUCGAGCGUGUGGGAUAUAUAGAGCUUGAGAACGAUCAUCUGUGGGUCUAUUCGGGUGACUUGCUUGGCGAUACUCAGAGCGCUUUUCGAAGAAAGCUGCUUCUGAGGGAUUUGAAGAUGCAAAGAAAAAACAUCAGACUCGGCUGA